AUGUCUAAGUUUUGCAUAUUCCACAAGGAUCACGGGCACGACACAGAGGAAUGCAUUCAACUGAGAAACGAAAUUGAAGCCCUAAUAAAAAGGGGAUACCUAUCAAGGUUUAUCAAAAAAGAAGAUCCACCGAGGGAACCUCGCGAGCAAAGGAGACCCAACGCAAAUGACAAGGAAGAACAAGUCAUAGGGGAGAUUGCAAUGAUCUUCGGAGGAUUUGCUAGUGGAGGAGACAACGGAGGCGCUCGCAAAAGGUAUGCUAAACAGGUGCUCUCAGUGGAAAAAGGGGAACCAAAUAGUAAAAUAAACAGACAAGAUGAAGAUAUCAUCUUCGACAGCCCAGACGAAGAAGGGGUACAGCAACCACACGAUGAUGCAUUGGUACUCUCCAUGUUGUUGGCGAACUACAAAGUUAGGCGCGUAUUAAUAGAUAAUGGGAGUUCGGCAAACAUUAUGUUCUGGUCAGUACUAGAAGGGAUGAAAAUUGGAAAGGAAAGACUCAAACCAAUCGCAACCCCCCUAAUUGGGUUUGGUGGAGAUGUGGUUCAUCCCGUAGGGACAAUCACACUACUUGUGACACUAGGGACGACCCCAUAG